UCUAAGAUAAUUGUGGUAGUGUUGGAAGUAGAAGUAUUUUCGUAAUUUACCAACCAUGUGACCCUGCCUUUACAUAUCACUUAUAUUUCGCGUGGGAUCUAUUUUCGCGUUGAUUCGCGAGGAGAGUCAAACGCGAAUUCAGAUCAUUCGACGAAUAUUUGUAUAAAAUGAAAACAAUGAGUGACGUCUAUUGUCACGUAUAUUCUUCCUAUAAAGGAGUCCAUCCGCUUGGAAUCGAAACAUUUACACUUAAAAUCUAUCGUAUAUUACUUGUUAACAGUUCGUUAAAUUUUGAGACAGAUGGUGUGAGACUAUGUACAAGCACUAGAUUUUGAUCUCCGUAAUCCUUAGUUGGUUCACAGACAUCUCCGUUUCAGUAAAAUAGAAUAUCAAAUUAUUAACUUAUAUCAAAAUGUAACAUUAUAUCACAAAAACACUAAACAAACACAGAUAUGGUAGUUAAACUCAGACUAAAAAUAUCGUCUGGACGACGUUGUAGAUUAGUAGAUCAGGUACGGUCCCGAGGAUCCCGGCCGGAUGGUCACUCGGAAGACAUCCGACUUUAUUAUCCGUACUGUUGUAAGCGUGGUUUGUAGAUAUACGUCAUACUUCACAUUGCUAUAUUUACCAUAACAAAAAUUGAAAUCAUGUAAACAAUUUAUUUAACUUAAACAUUUAGAGAAAAUAAUCGACUGGAGUACCAAUAGUUCGCAAUGGACUGUCCGAGAAUUGUUCAUCGAUAUCACUAGUGUAUAAAUACUAGCUAUGUACACAGAUACUUAAGCUACAUGUACAUUAAUUGUACACACAUACGUUCCGUUAACACACAACGCAUUGUACUCCUGUCAUCUUCCAGACAUUCUUAAUAAGCUGUGCGUUCUUUUCAAUGUCUUACACAAGAUUUAGUUCCCGCCAAAGUUACUGUACACCACCUUUGUUCGUCUGUACUCAGGAUACAAUAUCGUGUAUUUGUAUAUUAGCAAGAAUCGAAAAUUUGACAAAAAUCUAAGCAUAAGAAUUUAGAAAUUAAAAAAGAAAGAAAAAAAUUAGAUUGAAAUUUUGAAUAGGGAAUAAGUCAAAGGAAAUACAAAUCAUUAAGUAAGCACUUGGAAUUUUGACGGCGUUGGUAUUCUAUACAUCAGUAAUGUAUAUGACAAAAGAUCUUUCGAGACAUCUGGUUAUAAUCAAAAGUAAUUGUUUACCGUGACAGCUAACAAAUACAGUACAUGGCACAAAGAUAGGAGAACGAUGUUAGGGUCUGAUUACAUCAGUUUUACCGGUGGACGGACAAUGGACAUGUACAGGGACGAAUUUCUCUGGAUCUGACGUAAGUAACCAUCCAUAAAUAACGGAUAUUUGUAACUGUUACUACACCAGGGUAACUGGGGACCGACAUGAACUGGAAAUGUUACUAAAUCAGAGUAACUAGGGACCUACAGGAACUAGAAAUGUUACUACACCAGGGUAACAAGGGACCGACAGGACCUAAAAAUGUUACUACACCAGGGUAACUAGGGACCGACAGGAACUAGAAAUGUUACUACACAAGGGUAACUAGGGACCGACAGGAACUAGAAAUGUUACUACACAAGGGUAACUAGGGACCGACAGGAACUAGAAAUGUUACUACACCAGAGUAACUGGGGACCGACAGGAACUAGAAAUGUUACUACACCAGGGUAACUAGGGACCGACAGGAACUAGAAAUGUUACUACACCAGGGUAACUAGGGACCGACAGGAACUAGAAAUGUUACUACACCAGGGUAACUAGGGAUCGACAGGAACUAGAAAUGUUACUACACCAGAGUAACUAGGGACCGACAGGAACUAGAAAUGUUACUACACCAGGGUAACUAGGGACCGACAGGAACUAGAAAUGUUACUACACCAGGGUAACUAGGGACCGACAGGAACUAGAAAUGUUACUACACCAGAGUAACUGGGGACCGACAGGAACUAGAAAUGUUACUACACAAGGGUAACUAGGGACCGACAGGAACUAGAAAUGUUACUACACAAGGGUAACUAGGGACCGACAGGAACUAGAAAUGUUACUACACCAGGGUAACAAGGGACCGACAGGAACUAGAAAUGUUACUACACCAGGGUAACUGGGGACCGACAGGAACUAGAAAUGUUACUACACCAGGGUAACUAGGGACCGACAGGAACAUCAAUGUUAACGUAUGGUAUAUGUUAGUCUUCGUAAGGAUUUCAUCUUUAUGUUUUCCCGGCCGUUGUAUCCGCCAUGAGACGCAAUAAGACCGUCGCUAUGUCCCCCACAAGGGCUAUGUAUUUCCUGUGUGUGAUGAUCUGUACGAGUGUUUUCCUGUACCUUGGAGUUUCCAUGGACACUUUUACACAACGCCGGUUGGUCAGCGCCCUUCUUGUCAACUCGUCAUCCGGUCCACUAUUCCGUCCCUUUCCGCCACACCUCAGAAUCGUUGAUGGAAUACAAGACAGUGUUCACCUAUCGACAACAGCUGUUACACACACUGUACACCAAAAUUAUUCUCACGCUGUUUCAGUGGGAUUUCGAGGGAAGAAACAAACUAAUGCAGCGUUUCUAAAAGUGCACAAAGCCGGAAGUACAACAAUAAUGAAUAUAUUCCUACGCUUCGGUGUUGCAAAUAAACUAAAUAUAGUUCUGCCUAAUAAAGAGGACGGGUUUGGAUUUAAUUAUCUUGGGUAUGGGAAGACAGUUGACAGAAAUACCAUCGUGCCUGUUCCCCACAACGAGACGUACAACAUUUUGUGUAACCACGUGGUUUAUAAUCGCCAUGCGUUCCGUAACAUUAUGCCUGUGGACACCGUGUAUGUGGGGAUAGUCCGGGAACCGGUCUCCCACUUUUUGUCUGCCUCUGUCUACUACCGGUUUAUCCACAUGAUACAAAAAGCAUCCGGUUUAUCCAACCAAUCAUCGCCAACUGAAGUGAUUCACGAAUAUUUCACCCACCAGAACAAAUAUCGUAAUAUACGGACGAUAUUCGUGAGGAAUAGAAUGUCCUAUGAUUUCGGCCUUCCCCCAUCACGUUUUGAUAACAAUCAUUUCGUAGAACAUUUCAUCCAUGAUCUAGCUAGCGACUUUAAAUUGGUGAUGGUGAUGGAAUAUUUCCCCGAGUCUCUCGUGCUCCUCAGGCGGUACUUAGGUUGGGGACUAGAAGACAUUCUGUACGUCCCUCUCAAUAUCAACGUAGGUAAAUCGAGAAAAUACGACAGCCUGUUUCCGGCAGAUAUAAGUAAACUCAAACAGUGGAACAAUGCGGACUUCCGGUUGUAUGGGUUUUUCAAAAGACGAUUUCUAGCCCAAGUAGAAGCAGAAGGUCCAUCUUUUCAUAAAGAAGUUCAACAUUUCAAAAACGUUCAACUUUAUGUGCAAAAGUUUUGUUCCAAGUUCCGACGAGACAAUCAAUUGACAAUACAUGCGUCUGAAUGGAAUGACGAGUUCUCCCUACUGGCGGACCAUUGCAGAAUUAUGACAAUGUCAGAAAUUCCUUUACUUAAAAUGUUGAUACAGCACGCCAAGCACAAAUACAGGAAAUCAAAAGUACGUACCGAAACAUUGAGUGAGGAUACACGUCUCAAAAAUAGUGUGGUAGAACAUCCACGUUCUACAAACAAACCUCAGCGAAAGCAGCAAUGGGACCUACACAAACGUAUACCACAAAACAAACAAAAUAUAGAAAUGUACGAAAAAGUAAGAUCACAGAUAUUACAGAUCGUACAAAAGUCACAAUCACAACAAAACUUAGUUCCUCCCAAAACACAAUGACAAUACACGCAUGCUAAAAACAAAAUAUCAUGGUGACACGGAUGGUAAACAUAACGUACUCAAAUUGGUUAGAAACGUAAAAUAAACAUCUAUUUAUAUAACA